CACACACACACAGAGCAGCAGCAGGGCUGAGCAGCCUCUGGAUCUGGAUGCGGGCAUCCUUGGAUUUCGCUCUCAGCACGGGCCCACAGCACGGAAAACUUAACGGGACAACAAUGGUGCUCGCCUCGGCGGCUGAAUCCGUGGCUGCUGGUCGUUCAGGGGACCGGGAAAUGCGGUCAAUGUGACAUUCACUUGCAUGCUGGUGUUCGAGUUUAUUGUUCUGGUCCUGUAGACGCAGAGCGGCGAAACCUGGGAGAGAAAGAUGUUGAGCCGAUUUAUGAGUGGCAGCGUCAGGAAUCUUGAGCGGGAAUACAACUGCACGGUCAGGCUGCUGGACGACACGGAAUAUACGUGCACCAUUCAGCGGGAUGCAAAGGGACAAUAUCUGUUUGACCUCAUCUGCCAUCACCUCAACUUACUGGAAAAAGACUAUUUUGGCAUCAGAUAUGUGGAUCCAGACAAGCAGCGGCACUGGUUGGAGUUCACAAAGUCAAUUGCAAAGCAAAUGAAAUCUCAGCCUCCGUUCACCAUGUGUCUGAGAGUUAAGUUCUACCCUCCUGAUCCUGCUUCCCUCAAGGAGGAAAUCACUAGGUAUGACCCCCUGUGGUGGCUUUCACUUCAGAUGACUGAGAUCGGUGAUUACGACCCUGGGAAGCAUCCUGAAGGUUAUAGCUCCAAGUUCCAGUUCUUUCCUAAACAUUCGGAGAAGUUGGAGCGAAGGAUUGCGGACAUACACAAGACGGAGCUGAUCGGACAGAAACCUGAAACAUCAGAGCGAAAUUUCCUACAGAAAGCUCAGAUGCUGGAGACGUAUGGUGUUGAUCCACAUCCAUGCAAGGAUGUAUCUGGGAACCCUGCUUUUCUCGCCUUCACGCCGUUCGGCUUUGUGGUGCUUCAGGGAAACAAGAGAGUUCAUUUUCUCAAAUGGAACGAGGUGACCAAACUCAAGUUUGAAGGCAAGACUUUUCACAUAUAUGCAAAUCAGAAGGAGGACAAAAAGAUCAUCUUGACAUACUUUGCACCCACACCGGAGGCAUGCAAGCACCUUUGGAAGUGUGGAGUGGAGAAUCAAGCUUUCUAUAAGCUUGAGAAGUCAAGUCAGGUUCGCACUGUGUCCAGCAGCAACCUAUUCUUCAAGGGCAGCCGUUUCCGCUACAGUGGGCGAGUGGCAAAAGAGGUGAUGGAGCAGAGUGCCAAAAUCAAACGCGAACCUCCAGAAAUACACAGGGCUGGCCUCGUGCCUAGCAGAAGUUGUCCAUCCAUCACCCACGGGCCGCGGCUCAGCAGCGUACCGCGCACGCGUCGGAGGGCUGUGCACAUAUCUAUCAUGGAGGGUCUGGAGUCCUUGCGUGACAGUGCCCACUCUACACCGGUGCGUUCAGUGUCCCACGGGGAAUCCUUUAUACCACGCUCCCGGAGCCAGGUCGCAGAUACCAGCGAGGGGAUGGCAGUCAUCUCUGACGAGGCCUACAGCCCCUCUGACAGCGUCCUGCCCACGCCGGUGGCUGAGCACAGCAUGGAACUAGCCGUAUCACGCCAAAUCAAUGGAGCGCCCUGCAGCAUUGAGGAGGAAAAGGAGUCGGAAGCGAGCACCCCUAUGCAUGGGGAACGGGGUGAUUUUGGUGCGGACAGUAGAUCUGCACAGGAGGGCGCAGGGGGGGACUCAGCCCUCAGCGAGGUGGAACAGGUGAAUAAGUUUGUCUUAAGUGUCCUCCGUUUGCUCCUUGUGACCAUUGGACUCCUCUUUGUGUUGCUCCUCCUCCUCAUCAUCCUCACCGAGUCAGACCUUGACAUUGCAUUUUUAACUGAUAUCCGCCAGACCCCCGAAUUUGAGCAGUUCCAUUACGAAUACUUUUGUCCCCUCAGGCGGUGGUUUGCCUGCAAGCUCCGCUGGGUGGGCGGGUUGCUCAUUAACAAGUGAGAGUGAGGUCGUAGAGUCCAUAAACCUGUUCGGGGGUCUGACAAGACGGUUAGGACUCCGGAGUGAUGGAGGGCAGCCUCGUCCCAACCAUGAACCCUGCUUCUCUCAUCCUCCUCCUGCAGACAGACAUACAGCUUGGACCACUCCCGGUAACACCGGGCCAGGAUCUCUCUCCCCCUCCUCCACUUUAAGUUGCCCUCACCCACCCAACCCCCUCCUCGUUUCGCUUACGUUGUUCUUUUUUCCUUCUUUUUUUUUCUACAAAAGCCAGGACACCUUUUUUCUGCAAUUUUUUUUUUUUUAAAUUUUAAGCCAUUUCAGGUAUUUUAUUUUUUCAAAUAAAACAAAGGAAAAAAAAUUUAAGAGAAAAGCAAAGAACUAAAGGAUUUUAAACAGUUCCUUUUACCGGAACAGAAGAUGUUUUUUUUGUCGCAACAGAUGAACGUUGCCUUCGUUUCUUAUUUAUUGCUUUUAAACACGAUUAGCAGAAGGAGAAGGAGUCGUGAAUGGUGAUCAAGGAAGUUGAUUUUGUCAGUAAAAGAUGGAAGUGAGUCACGUCAGAGUCAAAGGGCCUUCUGCUGUGAACCAUACAUGAGUCAAAGUGGUGUAAUAGCUCUUGAUAUCGAUUCAUCCCCAUCAAAAGUCGGCAGCAGAUUAACCUCAUUAGAAAAACAAAGCAGUUUGAAGGGAAUAACAGUGAAGGCGUGUGGAACGGAAAACAGAAAGUGUGGUUAAUGAGUUAUUUUUGGGAAUAUAGAAAUUAUCGAUAGCUUAAGACACAGUUAGACUUCAGUAUACAUUUGUAUACAAGGUUCGCAAGGUUAUUUUCUAACACUUUAUAAGGAUACGGCGAAAUAAGUACCAAUACCUGUAGUGUUAUUUUCCCAGUAGUGUCAGACGUGGUUAGAAAAACGCUCACAAUGAGCAAAGAUUCACUGGCACCAGUAGAUGAUAGUCUAGGUAGAUGUGCAAUGCUGACAUGGUUUUAAUAAUUAAGAACUUUGAAUGUGCUCGUUGGUUCAGUUCUUUUGUUAUUUCUUCAUUUUAAUUUGAUUUGCUUUUUUUUUUCAUCACAUUGAAAUUCGAUGAAUUUCAAUGAUUUCUUUGUAUGAAGAAUUCUUGAUUUAUUUUGGUUUCAUAUCAACCUUGCUCUGACUAUAUUAUUAUUAUUGUUAGAAUAAGAGUAAUACUGUACUUUUUGUACAAAUUAGUUUGUUUCCUAAUAUAUAUUGACACGUUUUCCAUGUAUAUUUUAACAGAACUGAAAUGUUAUUUUGUUAUUGAGAUUAAAUUAUACCUUUUUUAGCGCUG